GGCCUCGGCAGCGGGAUGGCCUACCUGCCGGCCGUCGUCAUGGUGGGCAGGUAUUUUCAGAAGAGGCGAGCCCUGGCCCAGGGCCUCAGCACCACGGGGACGGGAUUUGGCACGUUCCUCAUGACAGUGUUGCUGAAGUACCUGUGCGCAGAGUAUGGGUGGCGCAAUGCCAUGAUCAUCCAGGGUGCCGUGUCCUUAAACCUGUGCGUGUGCGGGGCGCUCAUGCGGCCACUGUCCCCGGGGAAGGAUGCCAGUGGCCUGGGAGGGAAGUCUGUGAAGUCCACGGGACAGCUGGGCGGAACCGAAGACAAGGACGGCGGGCCCGGGAAUGAGGACGCCCUGUGUGACCUCCAAGCCCCGGAGGGCCAGGGUCAAGGCCGCCAGGGGAAGAACAUGUGCGCCUUCCGGAUGCUGAAGGCCGUGAGCCAGCUCACCCUGAGAGUCAGGAAGGGCUUCGGGGACUGGUACUCAGGCUAUUUCGGCACAGCCUCGCUCUUUACUAACCGGAUGUUUGUAGCCUUUAUUUUCUGGGCUCUGUUUGCAUACUGUAGCUUUGUCAUCCCCUUCAUUCACCUCCCAGAAAUAGUCAAUCUGUAUAAUUUAUCGGAGCAAAACGAUGUUUUUCCUCUGACUUCAAUUAUAGCAAUAGUCCAUAUCUUUGGAAAAGUGAUCCUGGGCAUCGUGGCCGACUUACCUUGCAUCAGCGUCUGGAAUGUCUUCCUGCUGGCCAACUUCACCUUCGUCCUCAGUAUUUUUAUUUUGCCACUGAUGCACACGUAUGUUGGCCUGGCUGUCAUCUGUGCAUUGUUAGGGUUUUCCAGUGGUUUCUUCUCCCUGAUGCCCGUGGUGACUGAAGACUUGGUGGGCAUUGAACACCUGGCCAACGCCUAUGGCAUCAUCAUCUGUGCUAAUGGCAUCUCUGCGCUGCUGGGGCCGCCUUUUGCAGGGUGGAUCUACGACAUCACACAAAAAUAUGAUUUUUCCUUCUAUAUAUGUGGUUUGCUUUAUAUGAUAGGAAUUCUCUUUUUACUCAUUCAACCAUGUAUUCGAAUUAUAGAACAAUCCAGAAGAAAAUACAUGGACAGUGCACAUGUUUAGUGUCAUGUAAUGUUUCGUGUCAGAUUUCAUGGUGGUCCUCAAGCCUACCUCACAUGGGUGCUGUGAGGAGCCUAUGACAUUGUGUGGGAAAGUUCUUUGUAUGGUAACUGGCACUGCCACCUGUAAAUGCCAUUGUCAUUGUUAUGUCAUCUGUAAGCAGCACUGCCUCUCUGUUUGGUGGGACGCAAUGCUGGAAAGUAUUAAGGACUAUGUAUGUUUUAGAGAUGACAGUGUUCUUCAAAGACAACCUAUUAAAUGAUCGGUAGAAAUGCU